AUGGAGGGAGAGAACAGAAGACGGGAAGCGAUCGCAGCGAUGGAAGAUUCGUACCGAGGGUUCGAUCCUGAAGCGUAUCUGAGGUACAACUACAUCCCGCCGAGGGCCGACUUCAGCCGCGCCGACAGCAUCGUACCGUGGAAGCUCAAGUGCCUCCAUAAAGCCUUCAGUGAAGAUGGAAUUAAAGGAGAAAUCCUGGUGGAUGUGGGUUCCGGACCCACUCUGUACCAGGUGAUGAGCGGCUGUGAGCAUUUCAAGCGGGUCGUCCUCUCCGAUUUCCUGGAAGUGAACCGGAUCGAGUUGAAGAAAUGGCUGAAGGACGGUGAGGGUGAGGGCGGCUUUGAUUGGAGCCCUUACCUCAAACAUGUCUGUGAGCUGGAGGGUCGCAGUUCUUCAGCGUGGAAGGAGAAAGCUGAGAAGCUUCGUUCCGUGGUGAGCGACGUUCUCCCGGUUAACGUUCACCACCCGUCCCCGUUCCCGUCCGGAUCUUUACCCGCCUGCGGUGUCGACUGCCUGGUGUCCUCGUUCUGCCUGGAGAGCGUGAGUCCCGAUCUCCAGUCGUUCACCCGCGCCCUGCGUAACCUGACUGGCGUCCUCCGUAGCGGCGGUCACCUCCUGCUCAUCGGAGCUCUGGGCGAGAGUUACUACAUGGCGGCGGCGGACGUCCGGAUCCCGGUCGUGCCGCUGGACGAGGCUCAGGUGUGUUCCAGUCUGAGAGAGAGCGGCUUCGAUCUGCUGCAGCUCAGUGUGUACCGACUGACGCCGGACAUGAAGGUGGGCGUGGAUGACGUCACGGGCGUGUUCUUUGCCAGAGCCUGUAAAGCGUAG